GGUUGGCCCUUUCUGGGUAUGGGUGGGCGCACAGAAAAGUGUGUGUGUGUGUGCGUUCAGGUGUGAGCAGUGGCCUUGGAACUGGAUUCAGAGAGGAGUCGCCGUACGGACAGCGUGGCAGACAAAGAGCAGGUCAGAGCUCACUGAGGGGGCCCUGCCAGCGGACAAUGGGGCCGACGUACUGAGGGGGCCCCCCAGACGAAAUAUUGGGAAAAAAAGACACAGAGAGAGGGCGGAAAAUAACCAAGAAAAAACUGAAAAAACUGAGCAGGACGAUGGUCGCAGAGGAAGCGGUGGUUACGUUGUCCGGCGGAGCGCCGUGGGGCUUUCGUCUCCAGGGAGGAGUGGAACAUCAGAAAGCGCUGCAGGUGGCUAAGGUGCGUAAACGUAGCAAGGCGUGCAGGGCCGGGCUGCGGGAGGGCGAUGAGCUGGUGUCCAUCAACGAACAGCCAUGUGGAACACUAUCCCAUGCCAAGGCCAUGGAGCUCAUCGACAGCUCCCCUGGGAUACUACACAUCAGGGUCAGGAGGACACCUGCUGGUUUUCAGUCCGUGGUGCUUGUGACCCGGGCCCCGUCUCCCCGUAUAGACAAAGAAUACCGCGCUGCUCUGCGUGCAAUGUCACCCAACCGCCCCCACCACGCACCCGUCCGUGAAGUCCACCGCAGCCACUCCUCCAUAACCAGCGGACUGACAUCCCCGCCUGGCAGUGAGGCCUACUACGGCGAAACUGACAGCGAUGCAGACGUGGCGGGCUACGAGCGACAGCGGCGGCAGAAAAGACGCAGCCCCAGCAACUCCAACCCGGGGAAACCGGCAGGCCGAACCUCGCCCGAGGGCGGAGAGACGUCCGAGAUGAGCGGCUAUGACAGCGCUCCAGAUGCACACGUUUACCCCGGUGUGUUGGAUGGACACGGGGCCGAUGGUGGUGGCGGGCUGCCGGGGGUGGCGCGCCGGGAGGUGAUUUACCAGCCCCCUGUUCCGGGACUGUGGUCCUCCCAGACGUCCACCGAGACUUCCUCCAUAAUCUCCUCGGCAGAUGACCAGGGACAGCGGGAUGCGGGGCAAGAGGUGGACAGCGGCUUUCUCGAACCAUCCCACGUGCCCCUGGUAUCUCCUGAGAGGGCGAAAGAGGCCAUGAUGCUGGGCUCCCGUAGCCAGCUUGUACCCAUGGUGGGUCCUGUGAAUAAACCCCUCGACGAGGAGCUCACAACAACCUACAAGGAAAAGGCCAAACAAGCCAAACUGAACCGAGGGGAUACUGUGCAAGACAAGAAUGUAAAGGAGGCCAAAAGCAAGUGUCGAACAAUUGCAUCCCUACUGACCGAUGCUCCCAACCCUCACUCCAAAGGGGUGCUGAUGUUCAAGAAGAGGCGGCAGCGCUCCAAGAAGUACACCCUCACCAGUUUCGGUAGUGUGGAUGAAGAUAGGUGUCAGGACUCCCAAGAAGAGGAUGGGGUAUUCCCCGGCAGCGAAUCAGAGUUAGAUGAGGAUGGCUUCUCUGCCGUUCCCGAUCCAACUUGGGAUAGUGACUACUUGGAUGUGCUUGAGAAGAGGGCAACUGCAGGCACAGAAGGUCGUGGGGAUGGAGCAGAGAAUGAUCCGACCCCAGGGUUGAGUGACACCACAGGCAAAGGCGCCCAGUUGUUUGAGCAGCAGAGAAAGAGGGCUGCUGAGCAUGCCCAGAAAGUUGAGGCGGCACAACCUACGGCUCCUGCACAGUCUCAGACCCAGGUGUACCAGUUGCAACCAGAGAUACAGCCAAACCUCCAGCCUGAACAGAUGGUACCAUCUGGUCCUAUGGCCAGACAGCAAGAGGUUUGCCCAGUCGCAGCUUAUGGAAUGUCGAAUGGGUCCUUUUCUGCAGUCAACAGUAACAUGAUGAUGUCAACUCCACCUGUGGCACCCAAACCAGUUGCUGCCUCGAUGACUGUUCUCACCAUACCUGCACCACCAGCAGAAACACCAUUACCAGAACUGCCUUCUAGUAAUGUUCUCAACAGAACGGCACGUCCUUUCACUCCUGGCUUUAUCAGUCUUCGGUCGGCCACGGUGCCUGUAACGUUCCGACCUUCUGUGACAAAGACGAGCCAGCGUCCUGCCUCAGCAGCCGUUGUUCAAUCGCGAUUCUCCACUGGCGCUGAAUUAACCAUAAAUGCUAUAUCGUCAGCAUCACAUCCACCCCCUGGUCCUCCGUCAGUGUUCUCCCCACCAUCCUUUGCACCACAGGGUCACUUUGCCCAGACACCAGAUGCUCCUGUUACUUUUCACCCUGCAGCUGCAUCUAACGCCAUAGAGAAAAUGCAGUCAUCACCACAAAUGACUGCAACUCAUCAGCCGUCAUUUGCAGCUAGGCCUAAAGUGUCUGCGGCUCCACAAGCACCAAUGGCCCCAGCCCCAGCUUUUCCUGUAUCUGAAAUUCUUAGUUUACCUGAACUAUAUACUCAAGCGCCACCACCUCCCGUUGCUCAGUCACACCCACCUCAAUUUUCAAUGGCACCUGUAGCUGCAGUAUCAGUAGUCUCUCAGCCAGAAGCUGUGGCACCGACCCCUGUUCCUGGUCAAACAGGUCGCACAGGAAUCUUAAAUGACGCUCGAAGACGAGGUGGCAAACCCAAACCCAUGUUCAAUGUGCCAGAAGUCAAGAAGAACUCCCCAAAUCCAGAAUUAUUGUGUAUGGUGCAGAAUCUGGAUGACCGGUCUACCCGACACAAAUAUGGCCAGCCACCACCUGAAGCUAUCUAUGAUGAUGUAGAGGAGGAGAGGAGUGUUGAGGCGGGCAUGGGAAGAGCCCCUCCUCCAGUGGCCCCCAAGCCUCGGGUCAUCCACGAAACCCCACAGUUUCUUCAAGCAGGGGGUAAAGGCGCCGAGCUGUUUGCCCGCAGACAGAGCCGUAUGGGUAUGUACGUGGUGGACACCCCACUCGAGACCCCUUACCAACAGGAAGUGACCUCACACAGGGCAGCCACAGUGCUUGACUACUCUCCCAAUCCUUCAUGUCCAUCCCAGUGGAAAUACUCCCCAAAUGUUCGUGCUCCUCCUCCCAUUGGGUACAAUCCACUCCUGGCCCCCUCUAUCCCUACCGGGCCUCAGAGGAACACAGGGAAGCCGGACAGCAUGGGUAGAGGAGGCUCCCAGAGGGAGGGCAUCAAAGCUCUGGAUGCCAUGAGUAGGCAGCCCUACCAGCUCAACUCUGCCAUGUUCAACUACGGGGGCAGUGCUGCUAAUCUAUCAGCAAUGCCUUCCUACCAGACCCAGAGGCGGCAGGGGGACUACACGACAACAAUGGUGGGCAGUUCAUUAACCUCACCAAGGCAGAUCCCCGUCAAAACAGGCCGUGUCUUUGAGGUCAAGCGAUUCUCCACGCCCACACCCAUGUCAGCUCCUACUCUUGCGACCAAAGUCAUUGCACCCCGGUCGGCGACGACGCUUGGAGAACGUUUGACUGAUUCUAGAGUGAUCUCUCCACCUCCUGCUAAUUUUACUCCGGCCCCAGCUCCCUUCUUCAAACCAGCACCAGUCAGCGCCUGGAAUCCAGCUUCACCUCCCUCCCAACCACCUGGGCCACCUGGCCUCCCAAAAUUCUCAGCCACCCCUAUCCCACACCCUGCCCCCCCUGCAGUCCCUACGCCGUACACCCCAGUGUCGUACACCAGUGGGCUCCACUCAGCCAAGCAGUUCCAGAGCGCUCCUGAACUCAGUAUCCUCGCCUCUUUGCCCCCACUCAAGUCCGACCCAGUUCAGGCACCUAAACCACGUUUUGUUGCCACCAAGGGAGGUGUUCAGGCCCGUGUCUGGAGGCCAGGGGCAAUUUAAACAACAGAAAAUCAGUCACUACCACCCUCGUGCUGAUUUUGUAAAAUGGCUCAUUAUUUGAUAAAAAAAUUGAAGAAAAUGCAUUGGUUCCAGUUUCCCAAAUUUUGACAAUGAUUCUCCUUUUCACCUAUUAUUAUUAUUAUUAUUAUUGUUGAUUAAAUAUCGUUGGGUUUUGGUGGGGUUUCGGCUUUUACAAAUUGCGUUGGGCGAUUCUCUAAUGAAUUCACCAAUUAAUAAAAAAGUAACAAAUAAAUUAACAUAACUGGCCCUACAUUGAUUUAUUCAAGCUUCAAAUUCAGCUGUGAACAAAAGUACCAUAAGGUGAUGACGAGGUGUCAGAACGUCAAAAACGGUAAGACACCAUAAACAUCUAUACUUGCUGUUGAAAAUACUACUUAUCACAUUUAGUUUUGCUGUUGUAUCAUUCACUCACAUCUGAGUAAUGGUACUACGUAUACUGCCACAUACUGCAUGCUGUAUAGUCCACCAUUUGCCUGUCCUGGGGGAGGUUUGUGUAAGGCUUCUGGAAAUCUCUUUCCAUUAAUUUAGCAGAAGUACCAUGUAAACAGAGCCUGUACUGAAAUAUUCUUUGAAACUUGAAACGUCUGAAAGAUGUUAAAGAUGAAUAGUUGCUGUUCGGAUUAUGUGACUAAAUCCAGGAAGAAAUACUGUGUGUUGUAGUAGGUCAACAGGUGAAGGAUCAUAAAGCAAAGUAGCAGUUUUUAAAAUCUGAUCUUUCAACAUUUAAUUCUGUUAUUCAGUCCUAAAUACUAUGAAGAUGAAAUGAAGGGGUUUAAAUGAUGCAUGAUCAGUUUAAUAUUGUAAAAUGUUUUUAAACACCUUUACACACUUUGGAACUAAUUGUGUAGGCAAGGUGUCAGCCGGAGAAAGAUUCUAUCUUUUAGCAAGUGUCCCGUUCAACAAGUGGCCGAGCUGUCAAAGAAUUGGCACUUGGAUAUCGGCAGGAAAACCAGUCUCAGUGUUAUCUUUGCAGAAAUGUACAUUGUUAACUUUUAUUAAACAAAUAACACAGAUGAAGGAAUGUGCAUUUGGUCUUGUGUAAUUGUGAUAUUUAUCAGGUGUGAUAAGAGGGGAAGUUGAUUAAUUGAAAGGCACCAGAAUUUAUAAAAAGAUUUAAGAAACAAGAGUUUGGCUGUGCAGGAGAGAUGAAGCCGGUAUUUAUACCAAAUGGGUCAUAGCUCGCCGUUUGUGAGCUAAUAUAGUUGAAUUUUAUGAAAUUCCACAGCCUGAAGGAGUUAACGAGGGACGCACAAGAAAGUUUGGUACCUUCAGUUUGUUGGUAAAGCUGAAGCUGAUGGAAAGAAGCACAUGGGUCUGGCUGGUGUCUUUCCAAUGAUAAUGGUUGCUGUUGAAAAGUAAGGACUAACAUGUAAUGGCUAUAUACCUUGAGAGAUCAGGUAUGUUAAUGGUAACAAAUAAAUGAAUGUUGUUUUCAAUUGUGGAGCUCUUGGGGUGAUAUUUCUAUAAUUCUUUACAAAUUUGACAACAUAAUUUUCCUUUUUUUUUUUCUGGUGUAACGGCAACAAAAACUGUUGAAUGUAGUCUGAUUCAAUGAAAAGUGUGAAAAUGUUUCUUAAUGCUGAGGAGACGUUUAUACUGACUAGGAGACAAGCUUUUUGAGAGGAAUAAAAUUAGGUUUGAAAGCUC